UAAAGAGGCACGUAUUGCAUGUAAUCCAGUGUCAUCCUUACAUGCUUUAAAGCACUCUGCAGAGACACCGGUAAGAGAGAUGAAGCGCUCAAAAGCAAACACAUUUGCCACAAAUGUGAAGGAUCCAGUUUCAUCAAGCUCCACAUUCAAACCAGACCUCGAUGAAAUCUGGCCGAGAGAUUCUGAAAGAGUAAAGAAACGGAGCACAUCAUUACAGAACUCAAACACAGGCAAGUGUAUCUGCUGUGGAGAAAACCACUCCAUACAUAAAUGCAAAAAAACUAACAGAAAUGUCCGCAGAAGAAAAGAAAUUGUGUAUACAUGAGAACAAGUUGUGUUUUGCAUGUCUGAGGAAAGGUCACAACUCUAGAGACUGUAGAAACAGAGCCAUGUGUGGCAUAUGCAGAAAGAGUCACCCAACUCCAUUGCAUGAAAAUCGUUUCCCAGCAGUUUCUAAGCAAAGUGCAGUUGAGGAAAGCACAUCCUCAUUGUCGUGCAGUGUGAAGGGAGGAGAAGGUGGUAGCACUUCAAUGAUUGUACCAGUGUGGAUUUCAGCACCUAACGCUCCUGAUAAGGAAACCUUAGCAUAUGCCCUACUCGACACACAAAGUAGUCACACUUUUGUUGAUCAAGAGGUGUGUGAAAAACUUCAGGCAGUGUCGCAGCCAGUAAAAUUGAAGCUCUCCACCAUGAUGGGGAAAGAUUCAAUUGUGGAGAGUCAAAGAGUAUGUGAUCUCAAAGUCAGAGGUUUCUCCUCAAACAUUUCCAUCAACUUACCUCCAGCCUACACGAGAGACUUUAUUCCUCUUGACCGUGCACAUAUCCCCACCUGUCAAACAGCCAACAAAUGGAAACACCUUAACAACAUAGGCCAAGAGAUACCCCCAUUAAUGGACUGUGGUGUUGGAUUAUUGAUUGGCUAUGACUGCUCGAGAGCGUUAAUCCCGAGAAAAGUCAUCACUGGGGGUGACUAUGAACCCUACGCCAUUAAAACUGAUCUCGGUUGGAGCAUUGUGGGAAGUGUGCCUCAGCAUGUGAAUGCUAAAGAUGUGACUGGUCUUUGUCAUCGGGUGUCUGUCAGAGAACUGCCACCUAUAACGCCACCUUCGGUCAUUAAGGCUCUUGAGUCUGAUUUUGCAGACACAAAAUCAUGUGACAAAAGCAUAUCUCAAGAAGAUAUUUGCUUCUUGCAGAUCUUAAGAGGAGGAGUUCAGCAAAACGAGCAUGGUCACCUUGAGAUGCCUCUCCCCUUUAAGGUACGUCCUCACCUUCCAGACAAUAAAAAGUUGGCUUUAGCUCGCCUGAAGCACCUUAAAAGAAAGCUGGACAGAGAUCCCAAGUUCAAAAGGGACUAUGUAAGGUUCAUGGAAGGUGUGUUCAAGGAUGAUGAGGCAGAGAAAGUAGACACCCAACCAGAGCCUGGAAAAACCUGGUAUAUCCCACAUCAGGGGGUUUACCACCCCAGGAAACCAGACAAGAUCCGGGUGGUUUUUGAUUGCUCUGCAAAGUAUGAAGGCACCUCAUUAAAUGAUCAUUUGUUAACAGGACCUGACCUUACAAAUGGUCUCACAGCUGUACUAUGCCGUUUCCGUAAACAUCCCAUUGCAGUCAUGUGUGAUGUGGAAAAGAUGUUCCACCGGUUUCAUGUCAGCAAAGAAGAUAGGGACUAUUUGCGGUUUCUCUGGUGGGAAAAUGGGGACACAAACUCAGAACCCACAGAAUACCGCAUGAAAGUGCACCUGUUUGGAGCAUCAUCUUCCCCUGGCUGUGCAAAUUAUGGCAUGAAACAUCUUGCCAGUCAGAGUGAGAAAGAAUGCCCCUCUGCAGCUAGCUUCAUCAAGAAGCAUUUUUACGUUGAUGAUGGCCUCAUAAGUGUGCAAUCAGUUGGCGAAGCAAUUAAGUUAGUGAAGGAAGCCCAAGCUGUGUGUGCUAAAGGAAAGUUGCACCUUCACAAAUUUCUUUCCAACAACCGAGAAGUACUUGAUUCCAUCAGCAUUGCAGAACGCGCUGAGGAGGUAAAAAAUGUUGAUCUCAGUCACGAUGACUUACCAGUGCAAAGAGUGUUAGGUAUAAGAUGGAACAUUGAAAGUGACAACUUCACCUUCAAGGUGACACCUGAUGAGAAGCCAGCGACACGGCGAGGGAUUCUCUCAGUCGUGGCCUCUUUAUACGAUCCUUUAGGGUUUCUAGCUCCAUUUAUUCUUGAAGGAAAAAGAGUGCUGCAGGAGAUGUGUCAGAGAGGUACUGGGUGGGACGAACCACUACCCAGGGACUUGAAGUUCAGGUGGGAGACUUGGAUGAAGGAUUUGGAAAACCUUGAGAAGAUCGAGAUUCCAAGAUGCUUCAUACCUGACAGCUUUGGUGAGGUCCAGAGAGUUGAGCUACAUCAUUUUUCUGAUGCAAGCAGUCAAGGGUAUGGUCAGUGCUCUUACAUCAGAUUGUUGAGCAAAGAGAAAGUGCACUGCUCCUUGGUCAUGGGCAAAGCAAGAGUUGCACCAACUAAAAUAGUCACUAUACCAAGGUUGGAGCUAACUGCUGCAGUAAUCUCAGCAGCCAUGAGCAACAUGUUAAAGGAGGAGCUAGAGCUCAAGAUCGAUGAGGAAUAUUAUUGGACAGACUCUCAAGUGGUUCUCGGCUACAUCAGUAAUGAAGCACGAAGGUUUCAUAUCUUUGUUGCAAACCGUGUCCAGAGAAUUCGAGAAACCACUGACACAAGACAAUGGCACUACGUUGAAACAGGGGAAAACCCUGCCGACCACGCCUCCAGAGGUCUCAAGGUAGCUGACCUCAUUAACUCAAACUGGUUCUCUGGUCCUAAAUUUUUAUGGAAGAGAGAGAUAGCCACAAACCAGGUUACAUCAGAGCUACUGGUGGGAGAUCCGGAGGUGAGGAUUACACAGGUGCUGAAAACAGAGGCUGCAAGGCAAUUUGAUGUUCAAGGACACCUGUCACGGUUCUCAAGAUGGACCACAGCGAUCAAUGUCAUUGCCCGUAUCAAGCGAUUAGCUAAUAGGGUAAAGACCACAGAUCCUUUAAAUGUGAAAGAGAGAAAGCAAGCUGCACUGACUCUUAUCAAGCUUGCACAACAAGAUGCUUUCCAAGAGCCGUUGAGCAUGCUCAACCAGAAAUCAGGAAAGCUACCUUACAACCACCAACUCUAUCAGCUUGACCCGUUCCUUCAAGAUGGUAUAAUGAGAGUGGGAGGAAGACUGAGAAAGGCUUCUGUGCCUUUUGAGCUGAGACACCCAGUAAUCCUUCCCAAAGAUGGCGCUGUCACAAACCUUAUCAUUGCUCAUCACCAUGACAAAAUACAACACCAAGGCAGAGGACGUCCCUCGCAACGAGUGGAAACUUGCUAAGGUUGUUGAAGCACAUGAGGAUGACGAUGGACUGGUGCGAAAAGUGACGGUGCAGAUUGGAGAGCGGAAGUUAGGAAAAAAGGGUGAGCGCCUCAGCCAGCCAUCCAUCGUUCAAAGACCCAUUCAGAAGUAAGUGGUUCUAGUUAAGAGUAGCUAAAGAAGGGAAAGUCAUUGUUUAAAUGUCUCCUUUUAAGCUAAAAGUGGUUGUUAUACUAACGUUUAUCCUUAAUUGGAUAUUCAGUACAUGUUGAGAUGUGAAUUAUACUGGUGACCUGUGUUUUUGAAUUUUGUGUAGGAAAUCAUAUGUUCAAUUUCCAGAUGUCAGAGUGUUACACGAAACAACAUACCAGUGCUUGGAAAUUACUGUUGAUUAUUUAAUGAAGAGCAUAAGUGUAUUGCACAUCUUCAUUUGUGUUAAUCAAAGGUAAUUUGGUGGGAGUGUAGCUGACGCUCGCAAUAUGGCUAUGUUACCAUGGCAAUGUCAGAAGUUAAGGUGCAAUCAUCACAUUGCAGUUCUGAUUGUUUAUUUGUUUACAUAGAUUGUGGUGAAACAUCCUGAAUUAUGAUCCAUGAUUGUUGUGGGAUCUUGCGGAAAUGUUUAGUUUUAUUGUGAAAAGGUCACUUCCUGUGUAGCUUAAGCCGGAAGUUGUGAGCGGGAAUUGAGAAAGAGAUGACUGUCUACUACUGGCUAACCAGGCGUACACGUUUUCACGGUGUUCCUUAACCACGACGAAAGACAAUAAAAAGGUUGUGGACAUCAGUAAGAAGCGUAGUUCUUGUUGCCAUAGUAGAUACA